CAAUUAAACGUCAUAGCUCGAAUUUUUUGAAUGUCAUGAUUGAUAGUGGAUUCUCAGAUUUACAGAUCAAUAUCUUAGUGAUAGAAUUAGUGGGUGCGGGUUCUAACACCACAACCUCAACAAUUGAAUGGGCAAUGAUAGAGUUGCUGAGGAACAAGGGUGCUAUGCACAAAUUUCAGGCUGAGCUUACAAGUAAAUUCAGGGAAAAUGAUAUAAUAACAGAAUCAAACAUCAGUGAACUUCCAUAUUUGGCUGCUAUUGUCAAGGAGACAUUGAGAAUCCAUUCACCUACUCCCUUCUUGAUUCCUCGUCGUCGUGCUCCUGAGACGUGUAAGAUUAUGAAUUAUACCAUCCCAAAUAACUCGAAGUUGUUUGUCAAUGUUUACACAAUAGGGCGUGACUCCAACUUAUGGGAAGAUUUUAAGUUCAUACCAUUUGGUGCAGGGAGGAGAAUAUGCCCUGGCUUAGGUUUUGCUCGACAAGAAAUUCACUUGAUUUUAGCUUGUUUGAUCCAUUACUUUGAGUGGUCAAUUCCUAAUGGUGAGGAUCCAAUGCAGUUAGAUAUGGAAGAAAAAGUUUGGGUGUUACUCUACAGAAAGAAAAGCCUCUACUCAUUGUCCCUAUGUAAUGUGUAUAUCUUUUUUGUUCUACACAUGCAACAUGUAGUACCUUCACUUACAAAUAAAAACUAUACUAUUAUGUUCCAAAGCUAUCUUAUUUUUUAGAAUGGAAUUAGUUUUUGCAUUGUUA